GAGGAAGCACAAAUCACACACCCUGCAGGAGAGCACAACACAAUCCAUUUCCCAGAAAAUCAUUAAAGAGUUCCACCAUGUCUCUAAUUGUCACGCUGCUGGUGGUGACUUUGGCUGCUCAGUGUUGGACUUCCCCACAGCAGAGAAACUGGACUCCUCAGGCCAUCUUAUACCUAACGGGAGCACAAGGACAUCGCUCAGUUCUGCAGCGCCCCGGCAGAGAGGAAGGAGACACCUUGCACUCAGUGACUCACAGAGAUGGACCGGGUUUGAAUUUGUCCUCCUUGUUUCUGGAGCUUCUGCUGCGAGCUGUGGAAGAAGCUGAAGGCAAUCCAGAUAAUUACCCAAAUGAACAACAGCUGAAUCUAAAUUAUUUGUGAAAACAAUUUUCCAUUGUAUUGU